AUGGGACAUUCUUCAUCUGGUGGUGGAAAAGGUGUGACUCCUCAGAAAGUCAAGCGCAAUCCAAGUUCAACAGUGGUGAAACAUUUUUUUUCAACAAAAGAUGAAAACAAUGGAAAGGCAAGAUUGUCAUACAAAGAUGCCAAAGAAAGAGUGAUUGACUACAUCCAAGCUUCUGGAAUGAAAUGCUCCAAAGACAUGGUGAAAUUGAUUUGCAAUAGGAAGUCAAUCGACUUCAAUGCAAUCGCUCGAACAUUGAAUGACCCAACUCAAACUGAAGCGGUUGCAAGAGAAACAGAGAUGGCCCAAAACAAGAUUCUCGUUUCUGCAAAGCUCGACAAGAACAUGCAAAGAUCAGCCUACUUCAAGACAAACAAGAGAACCGUCAAAUCAAGCAUCAUGCUUAAGUUUGUGACAAAGGCAACGGAUAUCAAGCUUUGA